AUGGAGACAACGAAGUUACGUGAAUGGCUCGAGAAUGGUGGAGCUGAAGGCCUUAGCUGGCUACAGCUUGAAGACUUUCCUGACACUGGCCGUGGUGUUAAAACGCUUCGACCUCUCAAAUCCGGCGAUAUAGUCCUCACAAUACCAGGAUCUUUUCUCUGGACGGUAGAUGCUGCAUUUGAUGACCCUAUCCUUGGACCUAUCAUAAGUUCUGUAAAACCACCAUUAUCAGUAGAGGAUACAUUAGCAGUGUUUCUUCUUUUUAUUAAAUCACGCAUAGAAAGAUAUGAGGGAAGGCAAGCACACGUAAAAUUAUUACCAACAAGUUAUACAACAAGUGUGUGCUUUACCGACGAGGAGCUUGAAAUUUGCUCUGGCUCGUCACUUUAUCACAUUACCAAACAAUUGAAACAGCAAAUUAGAGACGAUUACCUUCAGCUCCUCAAUAACUUGUUUUCUAAGCAUCCGGAUCUUUUUCCUUUGGAAAAGUUUACACAGAAUGAUUAUAUGUGGGCUCUUUGCGCUAUCUGGAGUCGUGGUAUGGAUUUCCAAUUACCUGGCAAGCAAUUUCGAUGUAUUGCACCUUUCGCCGACAUGCUGAAUCAUUCUCCUGAUGUUCAACUUUGCCAUACAUACAAUCCCCAAUCGGAUAGUUUACAGAUACUGGCAGGAAAAGACUACACAAUAGGAGAACAGGUCUUCAUUAACUAUGGAUCUGUCCCCAACAACCGACUCCUUCGCCUCUAUGGUUUCGUCCUCCCUAACAAUCCUUAUGACACUUACGAUCUUGUUCUUACUACUCAUCCUUUGGCACCUUUGUAUGCUCAAAAAGUCACCCUACUUGAGUCGGCUGGUUUACAAGUCAAUGCCACCUUUCCUCUCACACUCUCUGAUCCCCUUCCAUUAGACGUACUUCGCUAUUUGCGGAUUCAGCGCUUAUCUUCUUCAGAAAUUUCCACGGUAGAAGCAAAGCGCGGAGCUAGAAAUAUAGUUAGUGCCCGUAAUGAAGCCGAAAUUUUAAAGGCUCUGAUCGAAGCAUGUGAGAGUCUCUUAGAUGGUUUUAGCGUUCCUCUUGAAAAACUUGAAGCAAAUAUCGCCUCUAGUGUAUACCAGAAAAGUGACAAUAAAUGGGCAGCAGCACAUGUCAGUAUUGGGGAACAGAAAAUUAUAAAGAUGACAUUGCAGAAAACAAGAGAACUUCUUGCGUUGGUUAUUUGUGCUCAAUGUGGAAAAGCGAAUGAGAAUAAUAAACGUUGCGGGAGAUGUCGAAGAGUGGAAUUUUAUAGUGAAAUUUUAUUAGAAUUAUUCAAGCGUAAUUAUAAUUAG